CCCCGCCCCCCCGCCAUGGCGCUGUCGCAGCCCGCGGGCGCCUCGUCCUGGGCCGCGGCCGCUCCGGCUCGAACCGGGCCGGGCCCCGGAACGGGUCCCGGAGCGGCCCCGGCCCCCUCCGCCGGCCCCGGGCCGUGCUGGGCCGCGGUGCUCGCCUGCCUCAGCCUGGCCUGCUCCUACGUGGGCAGCCUCUACGUGUGGGGCAGCCCCCUGCCGCGGGACCAUCCAUCUGUCAUCAAGCGGCGCUUCACCAGCGUCCUGGUGGUGUCGGGGCUCUCCCCGGCCUUUGUGUGGCUCUGGAAGGAGCUGACGGGUGUCAAGCUCGACACCCCCCUGCCAGCACUGCUGGGGCUGCGCCUGGAGGGGCUGGUGCCAGCCACGCUGCUGCCACUGCUGCUCACCAUGAUCCUUUUCCUGGGACCCCUCAUCCAGCUCUCCAUGGACUGUCCCUGGCGCUGGCUUGAUGGCAUCAGGGUGGCUUUCGACCCCAGGUUCUGGGUGCUGUGCCUGGGGGACGUGCGCUGGCUGCGGAACCAAGUGGUGGCCCCGCUGACGGAGGAGCUGGUGUUCCGUGCCUGCAUGCUGCCCAUGCUGGUGCCCUGCACCGGGCCCGGCCCUGCCGUCCUCGCCUGCCCCCUCUUCUUUGGUGUGGCUCAUUUCCACCACGUCAUUGAACAGCUCCGGUUCCGACAGGGCUCUGUCAGCAGCAUCUUCAUGUCAGCAGCUUUCCAGUUCUCCUACACUGCCGUCUUCGGCGCCUACACGGCCUUCCUCUUCCUCAGGACAGGUCACCUGGCGGGCCCGGUGCUGUGUCAUUCCUUCUGCAACUCCAUGGGCUUCCCGGCGGUGGGGGCGGCGCUGGAGCACCCCCGGCGCCGGGCGCUGCUGCCCUGUUACCUGCUGGGGGUCCUGCUCUUCCUCCUGCUCCUGCACCCCCUCACCGAGCCCACCUUCUUCGGGGGCACCCCAGCCUGUGCCCCCCACCCCGGGGGCCCCCCUGCCUGCUCCUGACCCGGGUGUGGGGGCACCCGCCCUGGCCCCCGCCACCCCCAAACCCCCUUUUUAUAGGUGCCGCUGCACAGAGCUCUAUUUUUGUGAUUAAAGUGCUUUAAGCCUU